GUUUGCCUGAAGUGAGUGUGGCAUUUACCUUUUGUUCAUCUCAAAACAACAUGCUGCUUAGCUUUUUCCUCCUGUUCUUUUUGUGUGAGAGCACAGUGAAAUCCCAGUCUACAACAUUGGCUACUUCACUUACUACUGGACUUAUUACAAGUACAGAAGCACAGCCAUCUCCUCUGCAGCUGAUGGCCAUACCAGACCACCCAGUUGCAGCAGGUCAACAUGUUGUCCUGCACUGCAGCGGUUUCACCAUGUCAGACGCCGUCACGGGUUCUUGGCAGCACCUGGAAGAUCAGACUUGGCGAGAUAUGGGCGACAGUAGUACGAAUCUGACCCUUACCGAACCAGAGCACAGCGGGCUUUACCGCUGCAGUGCCGGGAGCCAGUUAUCUCAGAACCACACAGUCUAUAUCGUCUCCAUGCAUGCAACAGUCGGUGAGAAUUUAGGAAUAGCUGCCUUUGCCCUUUCUCUCCUGGCCUUGAUCAUCAACUUUGCUAUUCUUUUUUGGCUGGGCUGGCAAAGACUAACCACCUCCAACACUGCAGCUAAAGGUUUUCCUGCACCUGAAAAGUCACCAAAGGGAGGUUUGCCACAGACUGAAAGUGACGGAGGGAUGUACAUGAAUUACACAAACACCAGCCCAGGCUACUCUGAUCUGGACCCCAGUAUGAAAGAGGAUAAUGUGUACUCAAGUCUAUCGUGAGCAUUCAUAGGAAGGUGGAGAUGUGCAAUAAAAAGACAAAAAGAGCAGCAGAAUAUCUGCAAAUAGAGCUAGGCAUGAACCUGAAUGAUGAGUUUGCCUUAUAUGUUUGAUUUAAUCUAAUUUGACACAAUCUGAAUGUGGUAAAACCUGCCGAUCUUCUUCCCUGUGUUUCUACAUUUCAAUUAAACUGUAAUUUGCUAUA